UACAAUAAACCAAGACCAUAAAGAUGAUUUAGAGCAAGAUCAACAGAAAGCUUAUCUCCGGGUAAUGGAGCAUCGUCUCAAAGUCAAAACUCAUAGGCUACAAAGGUCUCAAGGAUGCCCUUGUAUCUUCAAGUUUAUCGGGGAUCUCGGAGGUGAUUACCUACACCCUCGCAUUGUCUCGAUAGGCCCUUACCACCGAGGUAAUGAUUAUUUGGUCGAGUUUGAUGACAACAAAUGGUACUUUUUAAGAGAACUGCUUUUGAGAAUGAAUGCUAAAUCGAGCAAAGAUUUAGGGUUUUUUCUAAAAGAAAUGAGAGGGUUGGAAGCACGCGCACAAGGGUGCUACGUGUCGUACGGGGAUGUGGGCCCUCUAUGUAGUUAUGAUUUUGUGGAAAUGAUGUUGCUUGAUGGUUGUUUUGUAAUCGAACUUUUAAGGUUUCUAGGAAAGAGUGAAGACAAGAUUGAUGAUGAUCCUAUUUUCGUGAGGCCGUCUACGGUCCCACUUAUGAUUGCAGACCUUCUCAAGCUUGAAAACCAACUUCCUUUCUAUGUUCUAGAGUCCUUGUAUGCGGUUACAAAGACUUCAGAACACGAGAAAGAACUACUUUCUUUAAUCAUGGAAGCUAUUAGGUUAGUCUUUCCAGUUCCCACUAAAGUUCCAUUUUCGGCCCACAGGCCCAAACAUUUACUUGAGUUAGUAUACAAAAGCCUUAUGCCAAAGGUGUACACUACACAUAUAGAUAACGAGAGGCAAACCAAGCCUACGUCAAAUGAAAUUAUACAAUGUGUGGCCCGAUUAAGGACAUCGGGGAUCAAGUUCAAGGCGCAAAAACAUGUUGGAUUUUUAGAUAUAGAGUUCAAAAACGGAGUGCUUGAAAUUCCUGUUAUAAACAUAAACGACUUCAACAUGAACCUCAUCACCAACUGUCUUGGGUGGGAGCAAUCCAGUAGAGAUGCAUUCACAUACUUCACGGACUACAUUUACUUCAUGAACUGUCUCAUCAACGAACCGAAAGAUGUAGCCUUACUUCGUGAUGACGGGAUUAUCAUGAGACACUCAAGAGAUGAUGCAAGUGUUGUUUCUUUCUUCAACAAUUUGGGGAAGAACAUACAAGUAUUCAACAUUGGGAGGAGCUAUUUGUCACGGGAAAUGGCAGAGAUAGAAUCACAUUUUUCUAGUAAUUGGGCAACCAUUAUGAGAACUUUAUCAAUCCAUAAUAGUCCUUAGUUGUUCUUUUAGUUGUUGUUAAUCCUAAUUUAUUAUGCCGUUAAAUAACUGUUAUGGUAUAUGUUUUUAGCACUUCAUAAUUUGUAUGCCUUUUGGAUUGGAUUAUUAUUGAUAUAUGUUGCAAAA